AAUGACAACAAAUUUCUAAACAAAACAUACCAACCGCGUGUUUGUACGCGAAGAAAAUUUGCAGUACAUUUUCCAUAAAUAGUUUCGAAAAGAAGUGCAAACAUGAGUUGCGGUCAAUUUGAUGAUGCGCUGGAUGAUACGACACAACGACUGGAUUUCUUCCAGCUGCAGGAAAAACCAGCAGUUUCUGCCAGCAAAGCAAAUGGAGUAAGUGGUACAAAGCGGACCGAAAUCGAACUACAAGAUGCACUGUUUGGAAUGCGAAUCAAAGAUGACCGUCCGUCGUCCGAUGCACAAUGGGAAGAGUGCUACGAUGAUGAGGAAAGUGAUGGUGAUGAAGAUGAUGAAGAUUUCUACUGCUACGAAGGAGGAGAACUGAAGCGAAAUCAGCAACUAAAUCUAAACCAAUCUCACACCAACGCUCAACAUGCAAGCCAGAAGGUAUCGCACUUUCAGCCGGCGGAUGUUUUGUUUAAAAAGUACACCAACCGCAUCAAUGUGGAGAAAUAUGAAGGACCGGCAUCGUUGCCAAACCACGCCAAGAAUACACUCAUCGAAACGCAACGCAAAGCAGACAGCGAUCGAUUGCGCAGUAAGGACAAGCAAGAUCGUGCGACGGCCGAACAGGUGAUGGACCCACGGACACGCAUGAUUCUUUUCAAGCUUCUCAAUCGUUCCAUGAUAACCGAAAUCAAUGGAUGCAUUUCCACUGGAAAGGAAGCAAACGUGUAUCACGCCACGUCCAGCGGCGGGCGGGACUACGCGAUAAAAAUCUUCAAAACAUCCAUUCUAAUUUUUAAGGAUCGCGAUAAGUACGUCACGGGCGAGUAUCGAUUCCGGCAUGGUUAUAGCAAGCACAAUCCACGUAAAAUGGUACGCACUUGGGCAGAGAAGGAGAUGCGCAAUUUGGUUCGCAUGAAGAAGUGUGAUCUGCCCGUUCCCGAACCGAUAUUGCUUCGUAGCCACGUGUUGGUGAUGGAGUUUAUCGGACACGACGGUUGGCCAGCUCCGAAGCUUAAGGACGUUGAGCUAAGCGGUUUGAAGGCGCGCGAACUGUACCGGGAUGCGGUGGAAAUGAUGUGGACGAUGUACAACCGUUGCAAGCUGGUGCAUGCCGAUCUGUCCGAGUUCAAUAUGCUCUAUCACGAGGGCAAGAUAGUCAUCAUCGAUGUGUCACAGUCGGUCGAACAUGAGCAUCCACAUGCAUUGGAAUUUUUGCGCAAAGAUUGCACCAACGUGACGGACUUUUUCCGCAAGCGUGAGGUAUCCACGAUGACUGUGAAAGAGCUGUUCGAUUUCAUCACCGAUGUGGCUAUUACCGCGGAGAAGGUAGAGCAACGGUUGGAGGAAAUUUCCGAACGAAUAGCAAAUCGUAGAUUCGACGAGUUUACCGAACAGCAGAAGCUGGAUGAAGCUGUGUUUAAGCAAAUUUUCAUCCCGAAAACGCUGCACGAGGUGUACGACGCAGAGCGCGAUGUGUUCGACAAGCGUACGGAUGAGUUAGUUUACAAAACGAUCACCGGACUAGGGGCGAUGGAAGGCGAUCGGAAACAACCCAACGAACGCAAAGGGUCAGACAAUGAAGAUUCGGAUGCUGAAACGGACACGGCCUCGGAACUGUCGGACGAUGAUGAAGGUGGCAAACAAUCGUCGAACGGUGUGAUUGUGGUACGAUCGAAAGAUGAAACGCCAGAAGAACGCAAAGCGCGCAAAAAGGCCGUGAAGGACGAAAAGGCGGAAAAGCGAAAAACAAAGGUGAAAAAACAUAUUAAAAAACGAAAGGAGAAAGUUAGCUCUAGAAAAUAA